GCCCCCGUGCCGCCCCUGUCCCCCCCCACCGGGUGCGCUCCUCGAGUCAGCCCAGCGGUGUCGCCGUUGCCCUUGGAACCGGGCCACCCGCGCAGCCCCACUUUGGGGGUGUCGUUUCCAGCAGAGACGGGACCCCAGGUUGGGGGAGCGUGAGGUCAGAGAGCACGUGCGGGGAGAACGGACGUGCGGUCCAGGGCGUCCGCCUGGAGUCAGGGGUCGGGGAUCCUGUCAUAGACACGUGUAUUAUUGUGAACGGUGCCUGCCCCGCCCCAGCACACACUAGUUUCUUCAUUGGACACAGCGAAGGACGGUGCCUCUUUUCCCGUGGCCCCUCUUGAGGAGGACUGUCUGCGCUCAGGCUGGAUGAUCCUCGUGCGGCCCAACAAGUGUGCACGGGAGCUGAGGCCGCGGGCACAUUCUGCAGGUGAACAGCGUUCUGCAGGUGUCUGCCUUCACCUUGAGGAGCAGAAUCGGCGUGGCCGGAGGCUGGAACACGCAGCCUCACCGGGGACAGGUGCAUGUAGCGGGGAAGCGGACAGCCUGUGGAAAUCCUCAGUCUGCUUCCGUCGAUCUCGAAACGGAGAUGGCUUUGACCCAGCACACAGAGUCACGUGGAAAGUUCACCAGGACAUUUAUUUGGACGCUUUACAGUCUGAGCGCCAGCGGGAGGGAUGGAACCCAACAGCUGAGUUCCCCGCACGCAGCCCCGGGCCGGACGGAAAAAGCGGAGGCGUCACCACGGCCACUGCAGGUGCCCGUCCUUCCCGGGCCUGCACGGAGCCCACUGCUCUGGUCUGUCAAGCGAUUGGUCACCCCAAACCUCCACCCCCGCUGGGGGCCACGCUCUUCUUACCAUUUGAUUCAUGUGGCCUGUGCUUCUCGGUCCCCAGCCAAUGUGCUGGACAGGCCACAGGUGCUGUAAAAUCUUUGCGCGUGCACAGGGAGUGGGGUGCCUGCAUUCACUUGUGGCGGACCCCGUGGCUGCCGUGGACAUGAACUAGGAACUGAGUGCCGGGCCAGGGCGGGGGGUGCCGUGGGCGCGGUGUGCCUGCUUCCUGGCCUACUCUGGGCUGUCAGUCCCCUCUGGAACGCCCAGGGCCCAAGGGCAAAGCCCUGUCACAGCUGUGACACACUCUGUGCGUAGUGAUGGGAAUAGAUGAGUCGGAACGGCCUCUCUAGAGCGACCAUCACUUUAUUGGAGAUGAAUAAAAAAUAGACUUUUUAAAGGAUUUUUUUUUUUUAAAUAAAAGAACACUGUGUAGACGUGCACCUUUGGAGGCAGGACCAGGAGACCCCUUCCGUGUUACACGGGCCGGUCGGUUCUUGCAUUUGUCAUUGAUGUAUGUGGCAUGAAAAUACAGAACGCAUGCAUAACAUAAAGGCUGCGUAAAUAUACAUUAAGGAGAAGCGGUUCCCUUAUCUGCAUUUGCAGGGUCGCCAGAUCCAUCAAUACGGGUGCAGCCCGGCUCUGGGUCCCGGUCCCGGGGGCCGUGGGCAGGUGGGACCCAUGCGUCGUGCAGUCAAAUGCAGCCGGCUUCCAUUUAGAAAUUCCUAUUGUGGGGCAGGGGCAAAGUAUCUAUAAUAAUUUUAAGGACAUUUCCCAAAUGUUUAUUUAGAUAAAAGAUGGGUAACAGUAAAACUCGGGAACCUGCAGCCUGAUAACAGGUUUUAUUAAUGACCUGCCAUACGCCAGGGCUGGAUAAUUAAAGUUUUUCCCCCCAAAGGAAGAGAGUGGACAAAUUUAUUUGAUGGCUUGAUAACCAGGGACACUGGUUGAAAACUAUUGAUAUAAUCGGAGCUCAUUCGAUUUGCUCAAGACAGCCACUCCUAUCAGCUAAUUUCACCUGUGCAUAGUUAAUUAUCCUCCGAAUGCAUAUGGGCGAGCCAUUAAUAAAAUUUGACUAUGUCAUAGUCUCUUUGUCGCCACGUGUGCCUUCUAUCUCCUGCAUCUCCUUCGUCUUUCGCCCCCUUUUUUCGUUUUCAAAAUUCCUUUCCAUUCUCUCUUAAAAAAAAAAAAAAGGAGCGAGGGAAGACGGAUGCGGCGGCGCAGGGGCGCGCGUGGAGGGCGCUGGAGCGGCCCCGCAGCUGCGCCCCUGCUGACGCCCGGCCCUGCGGCCCCGCAGCCUUCCGAGUGUGUGCAG